UUACCAUCUACAGCUGCAGAACGCAAAUGAGCCUAUCCGUCUUCAUUUUCUCUCCGGCGAACGAACCCUCCCCUCCUCUCCGGAGUUUUGAAAGCCGGAACCCUAACUUUGAUCGGGAAAUGGAAAGCAAUUGCCGUGCGGGAACCGCACUGAUGUCUCCGGAGAAGCAGGGGAAAGCGGGUGGAGACCCUUUUCUCGUCGAAGAGCUGCUGGAUUUAUCCGGCGAGGAGGAAGAAGAUACGGAGAUGAUGGCCGCCGAGGAAGACGGACGAUCGGAGGAGACGGGAGGUAACUGCUCCGCCGAUAGCUGUGCUAAUUCAUUUUCCGGCGGUGGUUCGCAGACUCGCUUCUCUGAUGAACUCGUUUACCGGAGCCUCGCCGAUGUCGGACUCUCCGGCGAGCUCUGUGAGCCGCAUGAAGAAGAAGCAGAGCUGGAAUGGCUCUCAAACUUCGUCGAGGAUUCCUUCUCAACCGAAGAGCUCCACAAGCACCACCUCAUCUCCGGCCUCAAAUCCGCCUCCUCCCCCCCAGCACACGCAAACACUUGCCCCUUCACCGCCUCCGACGAUCUGCCGCCGUUCGCGGUGGAGGCUCCGCUCCCCGGCAAAGCCCGCAGCAAGCGCUCCCGAUCCGCUCCCUGCGACUGGUCCUCACGCCUCCGCCUCCUCUCUAAAACCGCCACGAAGAAGAACAAGCGCCCAUCUCUGGCGGCUCUGUCGCCGUCCUCCGACGGCCGGAGAUGCCUUCACUGUGAGACGGAUAAAACGCCGCAGUGGCGAGCGGGUCCGAUGGGGCCGAAAACGCUAUGUAAUGCCUGCGGGGUGAGGUUCAAGUCCGGCAGACUCGUGCCGGAGUAUCGGCCGGCGUUGAGUCCCACUUUUGUGCUCUCGAAGCAUUCGAACUCGCACAGGAAGGUUCUUGAGCUUCGCCGGCAGAAGGAGAUUCAGGAGCAGCAGCAGUUUUUGUUACCGGUUUCUAACAAGGGGGCGGCGGAGGAGGUGGAAGAUGAGUUUUUGAUCAGCGGCGGCGAGGUUUCUGAUGAAUGGAUUUAGGGAUUAGGGUUAAUUUU